AACAGCAGAAGCAACAACAAAAACAACAAGAGCAAAGAGAACAGCUUGUCAACAGUUGGAUUUAAAUAAUAUUCAUAAAAUCAUAUAAUUUUCUAAAAAAAAAAAACUACGUCAAAGCAAAGAAAACAAACAAAAAUACAAAUCAAAGGAAAAUCGGUUGCUAGCAUAAGAACAACAUUAAAAAUUAUAUAAAAUUGACAUGUACACAGUAAACAAGGGACCCAGCAAAAUUGUUGCUAAGACGCGACGCGGUCUGCCGCAAAACUUUGAAAAGUUCGAGAGCAUCAAGGAGAGCGGCAAGAAACAUGGGAGCAUCAGCAGCAGCUUUGAUCUGAACAGUCCCGAGAAGAACAAGAACAUACCGCGCCCGGUAUUUCAACAGAGCUUCGCUUCUAAACGCAUUGCGCCCACAAAACUUAUUGAGGAUGAGGUGAUAACGCCGCAACAUGAGGAGAUAAUACGCUACAUAAAUGACUCAUGGAACAUUUUGGUCGCACAAAAUCCAUAUGAUUCCAGCACUGCAAAGCCCGAUGGAAAGGCUGAUGCCAACAAUAACAGUGCCAGCACCUUGGCUACGCCUAGUCCUGUGGACAGCAUUAUAGCCAAUACACCUGUGGCGGCAUCGGCAGCGCCGGCCGUUUGGGUAGAGCCGCCAAGUCCGGCACUGAACGAUUUUAAGCCAUUCGAUUUGGAGUCCUGGUGGGGACGUCGUUUGUUCCACAACAUUACCAAAAGCCUAUAGACUGAUUGGCCCCUGGUUAUGUUAUUUUAUUAGUCGGUGCUUCCGUUAUUAUUAUUUUUACAUCUAAUUUCGACUGGAAAUCAAAUUCACAUUAGAUAUAAAGAGAAAUAUAGCGGUUAAGUUAUCAUUUUGCAAUUUUAGAGUAGCCGUUUGGAAAAGUCCUAAUGACAUGCGUAGGCACAUUUUAUCUUUUCUAGUAUAUAAAUAUAAAUUUAAAACUCUUCCCA